CCAAGCAAUUAAGCAAAAUGCACACUCACCAACUGACGUUGAUUUUCGGCAUGGCGCUCCUGUGGACACUGGCCAGCGGCACCACCCAACCGCCGAGCAGCAGCCGUCCGCCGGUCACCACCGUGCGCUCCACGCCCAGGAACUGCCCGCUCUUCCCGCCGGUCUGCUCCAAGAGCAGUCCCCGGGUCUGCGGACGGACUCCGCGCGGCGAGUGCCAGCGCUUCGAGAACAUCUGCCACCUGCUGCUGGCCAAUGGGCAGCGGCAGCCGGAGGGCGUGCGGCACACCCGCGACAUCGACUGCCGCAACGUGAAGGGCACCGGCGCCGCCAACCGGCGGCCCUGCUACAAUCCCUGCCCCGCUCGGCCCGUCGUCUGCCAGAGGUCGCCGCCCAGCCAGCACAUCUGCGUGCGGAGCAGGAACAGCCGGCAGUGCAAGGUGCUGGCCAACAGCUGCCAGCUGCGCAACCAGAACUGCCACAGCCAGCCCAGGAACAACUGGCUCCGCACCGAUAGGCGUCGUUGUGGCCGGCUGCAGCUGGGCGAUAAGCCGCAGGGCUGCCUCCGGGUGCAGGUCCGGCCCACUCGGCGCACCACCACUCGGCGCAGCACCACUGGACGCACCACCACCCGGUCGGCCUAAAGGAUCACGCACAACGGCAGCCACGCAUUUAUAUUUUUUUUUCCCCCACCCAACAGCCACCGUGCGCAA